AGAAUAAUAAUUUUUCCAGUAGUCACUUAACUCUCAAACAAAAUGGAUCGUUGGAUGAAUAAAAUUGCUGUGGUCACUGGAGCAAGUUCAGGAAUUGGUGUUGCUUUAGUAAAGGCGUUGGUGAAAAAAAAUAUUAAUGUUGUGGGUUUAGCGAGAAGAGUGGAAAAUAUGGAAAAAAUUAAGAAUCAAUUAAAAAAUGAGAAAGGUGCUUUUUAUCCAAUAAAAUGUGAUCUCAAUAAGGAGAACGAUAUUAUUAAUGCAUUUCAAUGGAUUGAGAAAAAUUUUAAAUCUAUCGAUAUUCUUGUUAAUAAUGCUGGUGUUGUUACAAAUGAUCUUCUCAUUGAUAGCUCAACAGCGGAUUUAAAAAAUAUAGUGGAUGUAAAUUUAAUUGCCCCAACAAUUUGUACCAGGGAGGCUGUAAGAAUAAUGAGGGCAAAUAAAGUUUCCGGCCACAUUAUUAAUAUAAAUAGUAUUGCAGGACAAAGAGUUCCAUUUUUGAACAAUUCAACAUUUAAUAUAUAUAGUCCAAGUAAAUUUGCUCUGAAGGCCAUGAGCGAUGUUAUUGAAUUGGAAUUGCAACACGUGAAAAGUAAUAUAAAAAUUACUACAAUUUUUCCGGGACUAGUAAAAACUGAAAUGCCAACUGAUGAAUUGUUAAAAAAAAUUCCUUAUGUCGAUGCAGAAGACAUUUCUGAUGGAAUUAUUUAUGCUUUAUCAACUCCUGCUCACGUACAGAUAAAAGAAAUGACAAUUACCCCAGUUCCAGGUUGUGUUCGUAAAUGAAAAAUUUUCUAUUUGUUAUAAAAUUAUUUUUUUUCAAUGUCUUAUAAUUUUAAUACUAUUUUGAAUUUUUGCGUGUAUCGUCCGUCUAAAAAGUUGUAGAUGGCGCUGAGCGCUCUAGCGUAGAAGACGAUAAAAGCAUGAAAUUUCUCUAAUUUUAUCAAAUUAUUAUAUAGUGAAUAUUAAUGGACUCAUUAAAUUUAUUAAAAUAAAUUAAAAA